AAGAGAAGUGAUUCUCCAGCUUUACAUCGUGAGUACUAAAUUUCAAACUCAUCAAAAUACUUGAAUUGAAUCCUAGGGGCUGCGAUUCUGCUUUGGGAGUGGUCUUGAGAAGCGUUCAUUGGGGAGAAGGUGUCCUUCUUGCUGAGAGAAUGGGGUCAACAGAAGAGCAGAAGAAGGCAAUCCUGCCUUUUCUGCAGAGGGCUGAUGAGGUCGCAACGGUGGAGCCAAAGGUGGCGUACUACUGCAGGAUGUAUGCAGUUGAACAGGGCCUUGUCCUGGAAAACCGCAGCCCGCAGAUAGAUGGCGUGCUGGGAGCUCUGCUGGCGAAACUGGAGAAGGACAAGCCGGCCAUCAGUGCCGGGCCGGACGACCAGCAGUACUGCGAGAACUUUGCUGUGAAGGUGUUCAAUCGCGCAGACAAAGCGGACCGCGCCGGCCGGGCAGACAAGGGCACGGCCACCACCUACUAUGCUGCCAGUGUCUUCAUUGAGAUCCUGCGGCAGUGGGGCGAGCUGUCGCCGGACCUGGUGGACAUGCAGCGCUACGCGGCCUGGAAGGCGGCCGACAUCCGCAAGGCCCUGCGUGAGGGGCGCACCCCCGCCGCCGGACCCCCCGCCGACUCGGCUGACGCCAAAGCAGAAGCAGACCUCAAGGCGGAGGCCGACCUCCUGGACGAUCUGGGCCUGCCGGCCGUACCAGGCAGGACACCUCCAAAGCCUUUAAAGCUUACAUGCCUUCCCUGCAUGCCUUCCUGGGAGGUUUGCAGCCUGUCGGUUCCGCACACAAACGCAGCCCCGAGUGGAACCAACCCUGCACCGCCCACCCCGCCAGGUCCCCCGCCCAUGCCACCGCCGGCUUUCACGGGAACCCCCAGCAGCCACAGCACAGCGCCCCGCUUCCAGCCGGGGAGCAAGGUCAUCUACAGCGCGAGUGGCCAGGGAGGCGGCGUCAAGGGCACCGUCGCCAGAGUCACCCGAGAAGGACCGGAGGGCUGCCAAUACAUGGUGGCACUGAGUGCGGAGAUAGUGGCAGCAGACGAGGCACAGCUUGCGCCCGAGUACGAGCCAGGGCAGCGUGUGGUGUACCACGCCCCCGACGGAUCCCUCAUGGACGCCAGCGUCGGCGAACUCAAUGCCUCCCACUGGCGCCCGACGUACACAAUCACCUGCGACGAGGACGGGGAGCAGCGGGAGGUGAUGGACACGCAUCUGGAGCGGCUGAAGGAGCCGCGCUCGCCGCUCAUGCCGGCCUCAACGCCGCCCUCCAUAGCGGCCGUGUCCCCUUCAGUCGACGGCGAUGCCUCUGCCAGCCCGGUUGCGCCGCCGUCCCCGCCGCCGCCGCCCGCCCCCGGCCUGCCGCCCAGGCCGCAGGCGCCCUUCGCGGCCUCCCGGCCUCCUCCCACGCCAGGCCCUCCCCCGGUGCAGUCUCUUCCCAUCCCAUCCCCGCCCCCAGUCAGCCAUGUUCCAGCAGCAACCGUCCCACAGCCCACGGCAGGAUUUAAUCCCAGCCUGGCAGCGAUCACUGAGGCACACAAGCUGGCAAAGUAUGGAGCAAGCUCACUGGGCUUUGAGGAUGUCCCUAGUGCCGUCAAGUACCUAAGCGAUGCUCUGAAGCUGCUGACUCAGCCACAUUAGCGCUGCAUUCUAGAAUUCUGAGUCUGAUCUUUGAGUUGUGGCGCACCGUUUGCACAUGAUGCAGUCUGGAGUUCGUCAUCUGCUUUAUAGCCAUGUGAUUGUUAGAUGGGUGAGCGUUAGGCAAGCAAGGAGAGCUCUUCUUAGCUCGAGUGCUUCUCGGUACGAUUUUGCAAAGUUCUCACUGUUGGGACCGGUACUUGAUUUGGAUCGUCAAUUGAUAGCUAGUGAGUGUGGUGGCUAGUCAGUCUGGUGGCGUAAUGAGUGCGGGGGCAGCGGUGUAAGGCUUAGCGCUCAGGGGGAGUUUUAUAAGGUGUAGUAGAGCUUGGAUUGGAGCCAUCUGCGUUCAAACUUUGUGAUACAAACAGCUAGACAGUGAGGAAAAAUGUAAUGCAUGGUAGAUUUGUAC